AUGUGGUCUAUUGUUGUUGCUAGGUUCACACUUCAUAUGUAUAAAACGGUUUUGAUAAUUCUUCAAAUUGUUUGUAACGCAUCUCAUGCGUAUAAUGAUUUCUCAACAUUACUUGAUCAUAACAACAACAGGGAAAAUGAUACUGAGGUCAUCUCAUUUGAUGUUAUUCGUCCAUCAAUCUCAUAUCCUGCAGGUGGAGACUUUCGAAAAGGGGCAAUUGAUCUUGGUGGAUUAGAAGUGUAUGAAGCUUUGUAUUUUAAAAAAAUCUGGGAUACACACAGCGGGGGUCCAAAGGGUCUUGGUGCAUCAUUUUAUGAACCAACUUCCAUUCCAAGUGGGUUCAAUUUGAUUGGUCACUAUUGCAAACCCAACUCUAUAGCCAUGUUUGCAACAGUCCUUACGGCUAAAGAUACCACAGGUGACCCGUCACAGGGCGCCCUAAAGAGUCCCAUAGACUACACUCUUAUAUGGACUAGUAAAGGUUUGAAUGUUAGCCAACGAGAAGAUGGAUACAUCUGGCUUCCAAUCGCGCCGAAUGGUUAUAAAGCCAUCGGUCACAUUGUCACGACUUCACCUGUAAAGCCCUCACUUGACAAGGUUAGGUGUGUCAGAUCUGACUUCACCGAUUUAACCAAGGUGGACAAAUGGAUAUGGGGACAUAAGAUGCUGACAAGUACGAGCAUAGUCAAUUUGCAUACUAUAAAACCAAAAGGUAGAGUGCUAAGUGUUCCAGCAGGUAUGUUUCUGGCACGAAAUAGCUCGAAUACACACGAGUUAGCGUGUUUAAAGAUGGUCAAGAACAAUCCAUAUUCCGCAAUGCCUAAUUCCUUACAAAUUGGAGAAAUGAUAAAGGCUUAUGCUCCAUGGGUCUAUUUUCAUCCUGAUGAGCAAUACUUUCCAUCAUCGGUUUUGUGGUUUUUUCAAAAUGGUGUUGAGCUACACCAACCCGGCCAAAUUCCAAGGCCUGUGAUCAACGAUGGUGAUAACCUUCAAAACAAUGGUGGAGCAGAUGAUGCCUUUCUAGACCUCCCAUCAGAUCAACCUAACAAAGAAAGGGUAAAGAAAGGGUUUUUGUCCGAUGCGGUAGUUUACAUACAUGUGAAAUCAGCACUAGGCGGAACAUGA